ACAUAUUCGGGUUCAAAUGCUACUUGGGACACCAGCGAUUGGACGUCUCUUCUGUCGUGUAUAUCCAGUACGACGGGGAACCAAUUCUUUGUGAUGAGAUCUUUUUUCUUGGACAAGAUGCAGCCAAUGGAAAUGCAUUACAGCUGUGUCUGACGCCUGUUUAUUAUGAUGAUCCAUACUGUGAAAUAUUUAUAGAGUACAAAUCCUAUCUUACCGGACAAAUACUACAGACUUUAAGAUGCAGGGACAACAAAACAAUCACUUGGUGUUCAGAAGAAACAGAUAAUUUGUCUGUCGGAAUCAAGAUGGAGUCGUUUGUUCGACAGAGAACAGCAGCUCGGCUCAAAAUGAGGCUGGAAGCCAAGCCAAAAACGCACAGAGCUGAGGAAGAAGACGAAGACCCGAGUUUUGAUUUGGCUCCAUUGUUUGUAAUUCUUGGAAUAUUCAUGUUGCAAGUUUUCAUAUUUCUUGUCAUUUUUGGAUUUGCCAAGCGGACUGUAAGGCAAAUUCGACCAUCGGUGAUAGGUCAAGUAAUUAUGGAAAAUUCACAAGAACCUGUGGACAAGCCUCCUAGUUACUACGAGGCCACGCAGACGCAACAAAGUGUUCCGGUGAGUCCGGUCCCGCCAAAGUAUUCUGACGUGGUGAAUACGAAUCAAAAAACACCUGAUGGAUGAAAAUACCACAGCAAACUGUUUGAUAUGUGCCAAGCGGAGUUUACAUAAAAGAUUUCAGUGAUCUGUGUCUUUUGCUUUGUAUAAAAUGUUCAUCUUCUGGUAACAGGAGGCAGUGUUAACUUGAAUUUGUCGAACCUUAUUUUCCAGAUG